ACACAUAAGCCACAGGAUGUCAUUUCAAGUCAACACAGAAGGAUAAGGACUAGAAAGUUGUUUUUGGCUGUAGAUAUGAAUAAAUCAGGAUCAUGUUGGGUGAGUAUAUGUUUGUAUACAAGCAGCCUUUUUUAAGGGCUCUUUUUUAACCCAGAGCCUUCUUCCUCUUUCCUCAAAGGAUCCAUAUUCUUCUGGCAGCAAAGAUCUUUUUAUAUCUUGGGUUUUCAUAUUCUGCCCAGCCUAUCGUAAGGGAGCACAAAUCUACUAAAUAGUAAAAUGAGGGAUUACUUCCACUCAUCUGUUGACAGACAUUUCUCCAAAUUGGAUCAAAUGAUUAAAGGUAUUAGAAUGACGUCUUGCAGAUCCAGAUCAAAUCAUUUGAAACCUUGAGACCGUUUCUCCUUUACUUGGAAGAAACCACCAGAAAUAGUUGUAGGUGCUAAUUGCCCAUUAUUCUCACUAAUGUGAAGUUGUUAAUUGGGACCUUUGAAUAUUUUACUUGCUUGAAUCCUAACCAGGGGAGUUCAAGAUGGAAGGACUCUGCAGUGGCUCGCUUCCUGAUGUGCCAUUUGGGGUCUCUUCCAACGCCUGAAUGGUUCUUCCUCAAGUUGCUUACGCUGAGAAGAGGGGUCCAGGCUGUGAAAUCUUCCAACACCUCCCAUUACAAAGAUGGCACUGCUGAAAGUCAAAUUCAAUCAGAAGAAACGGGUAAAACUAGCGCAGGGACUAUGGCUCAUGAACUGGUUUUCAGUGUUUGCUGGAAUCCUUGUUUUUAGCAUGGGAUUGUUCCUCAAAAUUGAACUCCGGAAGCGAAGCGAAGUGAUGGACAAUAAUGAAAGCCACUUUGUGCCCAAUUCUUUGAUACUGAUGGGUAUAUUAUCCUGCGCCUUCAAUGGUUUUGCUGGAAAGAUUUGUUACGAUUCUCUGGAUCCCGCUAAAUUUGCCAAGUGGAAGCCUAUGCUGAAACCUUACCUGGCACUGUGCUUCAUCUUUAACAUCCUCGUUUUCUUCGUUGCUCUGAUUUGCUUUCUCAUGCGGGGCUCUCUGGACAGCACACUGGCCCAAGGGCUCAAGAAUGGCAUGAAGUUCUACCGGGACACAGACACCCCUGGAAGAUGCUUCAUGAAGAAGACCAUCGACAUGCUCCAAAUUGAGUUCAAAUGCUGUGGGAACAACGGCUACAAAGAUUGGUUCGAAAUUCAGUGGAUCAGCAACAGAUAUCUGGACUUCAGCUCCAAAGAAGUGAAAGAUCGGAUCAAAAGCAACGUGGAUGGAAGGUACUUAGUGGACGGCGUCCCCUUUAGCUGCUGCAACCCGAGCUCCCCAAGACCCUGCAUCCAGUACCAGGUCACCAACAACUCAGCUCACUACAGCUACGACUACCAAACAGAGGAGCUCAACCUGUGGAACCGUGGCUGUCGGGAAGCCCUCCUGAACUACUACAGCGGCAUGAUGAGCUCCAUGGGUGCCGUCACCCUCCUCGUCUGGCUUUUUGAGAUAUCGGUGAUGAUUGGCUUGCGCCUUCUACACACCUCUCUGGAAAGCAUUCCAAACCCCGAAGACCCUGAAUGUGAAAGUGAAGGGUGGGUGCUGGAGAACAGCCUGAAGGACACUUUUAAAUCUGCACUGGAGAAUUUGAAAAAGCUUGGUAAGUUCAAUCAGGUGGAAGCAGGAGCCGAAGGGGCCGAAGGAGAGGAAGGAGGGAAGACGCCAGCCAUCACAACGGUCAGUUGAGCUGCUAAUUGAUGUGGACUUUUUCUCAGAGAAAAAUAAAACAAACUGAGAAUUGUGAAUAUCUACAUUUUAAAAGUUAUGUAUCAACCAUCAGAAUACACGUUUCUGUGCAUGUUCUUUUUUGUAUAUGGGAGCAUACAACAUAGUGCACCUUGGGAUAAUACUCUUAUCCACAAUGUGAGUACACCAUAUCCAUAUCUUUUUGGGGAUAUGAUCCCAACUAGGACUCACAAUAUUCAUGUGUUCUCGUAUCAGGGAAAGUUAGUUUAAAAAUUAAAAAAAAAAAAAUUAAAAAAAUUGCUGGCAUCACACAGUGAUCCAUUCCACCUUAUUUUGAAAUUAAAAGUGAAAUUUGAAAAGUUAAUAUUUUUUGUUCAAGAUGUUUUAUCAGUACAAUUUCUAUAUUUCAGCUUUUAAAGACAAACAGAUUGGGUUUCU